AUGGCUGCGGUCUCUGCACCGCAUGCCCAAAGUGCAUUGACACCGCCGACAAGUUCUCAUGGAGGAGCGGCUUCGUGGAACUAUUCUUUACCCUCGCAAUCAGAGAACGUUCCACACUCAAAAGCAAACGACCAUGCAAGACCUCCCUUAUCACAAGCCAAUGGACACGCCCUGGGCCACAAAUCUUCACGAUCUGACAUGGCUUCAAAGCGAGCGGAUAGCUUUUCUCAACCUUCCUCGUCCGGCCAUCUUGCCCCCGCUCGCGUGAACGCUCUCGCUCGCAAAGGAAGCAGCAUUAGUGACACACCUAGCGCACCCGAUAGCCUUUUAGAUCUGUACGGUGAGAAUCGGAGCGCGAUGAAUAGUGUAGAUUAUGGAGACCGCGCACUAGUGGGCAAGGACGCCUACGAUGUGGAGGACCCAGAACAUUCAAGAUGGAUACACAGAGACAAACUUGCGCGGAUAGAAAGCCAAGAACUCCAGGCGGCUGGCAUCGUUCUUCCACGGACACGAGCUACUAGCAAAUCGAGUCGACGGGAGCAUAGUCGCGACGCGCAGGCGAACGGUCAUAGAAGCGAACAAAGUGGCCAGAAGAGACGGCGUAUUGAGGAAGACGCGCCAUUAGAUGAAGAAAGUUCUGCGCCAGAGGCAUGGGAUUUGCGCUUACCUGCCGAAAUUGCUGCGGACCCAUCAGAAGGUUAUCGAGACAUGAGUGGCGGCGUGAAGGGAGUGUCUAGGAUACCUGUGCUUAAAACAAGCCCUCUGCCAAUACCAAUGGAACAUCUGGAGCGGGAUAAGGUGCUACGGAGAAGGAACAGCAAUCCAUUGAUGUCUGAUGACGAGCCCAUAACUAACACCAAAACCCGUGGUCGAAGUCAAAGCAUCAAAAUAUUGGAAGAUGCGACAUCAACACCCACACCGGCAAGCCGAGUAAUUUCAGACAACUCGCCUGCCAAAAAGACUCCUGCGCCGAGAAAGGUAACUGGGGGUGCGUCUGUUCCGCCAAAGUCGAAAAACAAAACACCCGGCAGAGAUACUAACUCAGGCCAAAGACCUUCGACCCGAUCUGGCGAGCUGGGGACCACUGGAAGUCUUACCAAGCGCCCGGAUAGCAUCACUAAACGUCCUGAGGGUGAUCCACCAUGGUUAGCAACAAUGUACAAGCCGGAUCCGCGACUACCACCAGAUCAACAACUUCUCCCAACUGUAGCAAAAAGAUUACAGCAGGAGCAAUGGGAGAAGGAAGGAAGAUUCGGCAAUACCUAUGAUACUUCAUUUCGACCACUAAAUGACGAGCAACUACCUGAAAAGCAUGUUCCACCACCAAUUAUGCUCGAGCCAUAUCCAAAAACACCAGAGCAGCCAUCGGCGGAAUGGCCUCUGAAGGCUCCAAAAAGCCCUGCUUUGAGCUCUGGGAGACCUGGCACAGCUGGGAGAACGGAGAGCUAUUCUGUCAUGCCAAAAGUUGCCCCUUCACCGCGUCUCGGCACUACACCACAUAUGGGAAAACCACAGGGAGUUGGACCCUUGCCAAGCCCAAAGCCGCCAGUCCAGGCGCCAGAAGCACCUGAGCCCAAGAAAAAAGAAGGAGGGUGCGGUUGCUGUGUUAUAAUGUGA